UCCUUUCUUCUUUCUUCUAUUUCAGAUCAUACACCCGACUGAACGAACGGUCAUUGGUAGUGUUCCGUCACAAAUCUGGAUAUGAGCGGCAUCGGAAACGCUCAAGGCUCUAAUGUCGGCUUCUCCACCAUCUCGGAGUUUUAUGAUCAGUCCAGUCUGAGCAGUAGCAACACCAUCAAACUUGAGUCUGCUUCACCCAGUCCGUCCCCGAGCACCGCAUCCAUGAUGGAUGCACUGAGCAACAAUCCGAUCCUGACUACGGCAUCAGUUCCAAUACCAUCGCGCAACAUUCACCAACGAAUGAUCACUGACAUGUCCGAUUACGUCUUCGAAAUUGAACAGUCCCACUCUCCGCAUAUGCUGCAGGACAUCAGCUUCAUUACCACUUCCACCAAUUCCAACCUAAGUGCAUCAACCCCGAUCGAUACGAUAUUUACUCUGCAGAACAUCUCGGAUGGCGGUCUAGUCGCUGAAGGAAUCCAGAUCGGCACAAUCAAUAUGAAUGGUUUCGGGAAUACCGAAAUCUGGAAUACCGACUCGUUUGGACAAAUCGUUUCUCCAUCAUCAACGGUUUCGUCUGCUACAAACAUGAAUGGCCAGCAAGGUCAAUUUCACAUGGACGAGGAUGACAUUUAUCAUCUUGAUAAGGAUGAGCUCAUUAGCGAUGCAACGCUUGGGGAUAUUUUUGCUACCGAUUUGCUGCAUGAAGAUCUUAUGCUGUUAAAUGCUCCUCUGAGUCAACCUUCGCCGAACCUCAGCGGUGACAGUGGCAGUGGCAGUGCAUUUCACUUAUCGCCCAGCCUACCACAGCAAAUUCUGCGUUCCAAUCAUAACUCAAAUGCAAAUAAUAAUAUGCUAAUGACAAUUGGGAACAACAUGCAGCAAACAAAUGACCUACAGGUUCCAAAUAUGUGCGAACUCUACGACGAACAAACUCGAAUUUCUACUUCACCUUAUGCUACCAAUACCAACAUCAACUCGCCAGCAACUUUUUCCCCUGGCAGCCACAGCUCCAGCCCGUCUCUGGGAUACUCUCAGGCGCAAACUCCUCCAUUGCCGAAUAGACUUCAGCAGCAGCUCCAAAUGAAUGCUAUGAAUAACAAUAACCAUCUGAUCAAGAUGGAUACCACAGAGAAGGCAAAUAACCAAAAUGCAACGAACAACAAUAUCAGCAGGAACCAAGGCAACGUCGGUCAAGUGCAGUACAACCCAAAGUAUUCCACAUUGCAACAGCUGCUGAUGAGCAAUACUGCAGAUAGGAGUGGUCUGAUGCUAGGACAAUCGGUGCCAGGAAGUUCCUCCGGGCUAAUGAGUGGAGCCUCCAUUAGCCCAGGCGGAUUUAGCGGACGUAGGAUGAUGCAUCAUAUGCACGCCCAGGCCGGUUCUAGUCAUUCGGGAAUUGGUGGUGCAGGAAGUGGCGGUGGUACGAGCGGUGGCACCAUGUCACGAUUGUCCUCUUCGGCACCGACCCACAUCGGAAUGGACGUAAUGAUGUGGCAGCGACGUGAACCACGGCCGCAUUUACUGUCCACGGGAAGUUUGGCUGAAGCAGGAUCGACCUCGUCUCUCAGCACUGGCAGUAUUCUCAGUCCGGAGGCGCCUGAUUUUUCGCAUGACGAAGGAUAUUCCGACGACAGUGAUCAUUACGAAGACUUUUCCAGUGGCGAUGAGGACUCCGACGUGGAUGAAACGGCACACGCAUCCGGCAGCGCCCCUAGCAGUUCCAAGGCCAAGCGAUACUUCUGGCAGUACAAUGUGCAGGCCAAGGGACCCAAGGGUCAACGCUUGGUCAUCAAAACGCACACGGAAGAUCCGCACGUACUGAACGAGGUCACCGAUCCGGUCUUUAGUCCACACUGCUCUGUGCGCGGCAUCAAGAACCUUCGUUUACAGCACAGUGGCAAGGCACGCAAGGGAGACGGCAAUGACCUAACGCCCAAUCCGAAAAAGCUACACAGCAUCGGCAAGGAACUGGAUAAGCUGGGUCGAGUGAUUAACGAUAUGACUCCGGUCAGUGAGCUUCCGUUCAAUGCACGACCGAAAACACGAAAAGAGAAAAACAAGCUGGCCUCGAGGGCUUGUCGCUUGAAGAAGAAAGCCCAACAUGAAGCCAAUAAGAUCAAGUUAUAUGGCUUGGAAACUGAACAUAAGCGUUUAAUGAAUGGCAUCAAGCAGCUGAAGCAUAUUCUGGUGAAUAAAUGCAGUCAGGUACCCACGGAACCAACGGAGGAUCAAAAUCAAAAAAUGGAAACCCUGGUUAAAGCAGCAUCAAAGUUGAAGAUUGCCGGUAAUUCAACGGAGUUUGUCAACCGAAUUCUGGAAGUCAUAAGGUCUGGUAAUAGCGUCAAUAUCGACAAAGUGCUGGAAGAAUUCUAAGUUCGCCUUAAAGGGUAAUGACGAGUAACGGGAGUAACGAUUUGAAUGAUGAGACUGUAAGAUAAUACUAGAUGUUAAGGCAAGAGAUCAUUUAUAAAUUUAUAAUCACUAGAGUACACACACAGCAACGCAGAACAUGUGCACAUUAUUUAUCUCCCUCUUUUUGUAAAACGCAAUGGAGCACAAUACGGGCAUCAGCUGGAGCCAUGCAGUGUUCCAUCCAAAACAAGUGAUGUGUCUAAUAUCAGGGAACGAGGAUGCAUUAUUUUGAAACGAUCUAGCGUGACCCAGAGUCAGUUAAACUGGCUGAAUUGAAGUUGAAGUGAUAUCUGAUAGCGGUUCAACCGGGUGAUAAGUACAUGAAAUGUGGUAGAAUCGAGCUCAGGAUUAUUCUGCGCGUUCGAUGAUAAAGCGAAAAGACAGACGAACAGUGCUCCUUACGUUUUGUUGAGAUUAAAUGCUCGAAAAUAUUGAAAGUUUAUAACGUUAUGAAACAACAUAAUCUACUGUAUCGGAUGCACGAUUGAGUUGUGGAUUUGGAUCCGGUGACCUAAUGGAUCUGCAUCCAGCAACUCUCCUUAUAUGGAAUAAUGAUUGAUAAACUGCUGAUGGUAACAUAUGUACCUUAUAUAUAUAUAUUCAUAUUAUGAAGUAUGAUUAAGUAUCAAGUUUGUAUAAUUAUGACGAUAAGAGGAUAUAUUUUAUUCUAACCCGAGUGAUAAGUUUAAGCACAGUUGGUCCGAGUGUUAUAGAGUUGGCGUAUAAUUGCAACUAUUGAUAUUCACAUUUUUUACUUCUUCUGUUAAAAAAAAUCUGACGCAUAUUUUUGAAAAUUUACCAUAGGUUAGUAGUUUUUAAAAUUUCAUUUGCUUCAAAAAAGUGAAAAUGAUGCGUUUUGUUCUGUAAAUUACAGAGAGCUAAUAUAAGCAGUGAAUCAAUUAUUUCUUAACUGGAGUGUUGGAAGGGCGAAGGACAGUUUUCACUUUUUUGGAAAUAGCGUUUUUGGCUAGUAGUAAGCUGUUUCGUGUGCAGUGAUAUCUAACGGUUUCGGGGUUUGGAAAUUAUGAAAGAAGAAGCAUACGUUUUUCACUAAUUUGGCACAAAUACACCUCUUCCAAAGUAGCGAUUAACAGUUCCACCUUGCAUUUACGAUGUCAUGCUGCUGAAACACAUUGCUCACUUCCAAAAUCCGUAAACAAGUUUAUGCAGUAGUUUUGUUCAUGUUUCCAUUUUUUUAAUUUGUUCUUUUAAAACAACAUCUGUGAUUAUCUUUGUUAGUGGGUGUCUUUUUGUUUUUUCCUGUUUAUAGCAGUAGCAGUUAGUUUCGUAAAAUGAUUGCAUAUUUUUAAGACUAGAGUUACAAAAUUCAAAAACGUUACUUGGCUCUAUUUAGAAUGAACGGCAAAGCAUAGUAGAUGGUUCCUAAAUGUUAUCCGAUUCGCUUCUAUUUCGACUAUCAAACAGUUAUUCAUAGCAGUUUAUGCUACGAUUUUUAUGUUUCAUUCACUGAGCUGGCCUCGUAUAAACAUAGACCCGCAUUUUACACUGUAUUUCGAUCAAUUGUAGCAUACCGAAUAACCCCCUCCCCACUCUCCACUUAUUCCUUUAAGUAAAGCCAAACGAGAUCACAGCGGUGAAGAAAACAUUUCGCAUGGACUGAAUGAAACAAGAGAACAUUAAAUACUUUUUUACGAGAAUCAAAUAUUGUAGGUACCUGUAUGCAGACAACAAGUAACAAAACAGAUUGUUAGCAAUCUGUCACUAGAUUUAGAGUACGCUGGAAUAGGAAUCUGGUCGAUAAUACUACCUCAUAAAAUUGACAAAGUAACGAUAGCACGGUAGAGAAGGUACCAAAAGUAAGACGUAAAACUCACUUGAAAAGUCAAACCAAUAGUUUUGAUCAGGCUGGACAGCGCAACGAUUCGUUCCGGUGAACAGAAUACGAGUAUGUAGAUGCCAUAAUAAUGAAUGUGACGUUAUGAACGCACCGAAACAAGACUUGAAGUGUGACACAAACCUUGAACCGUUUCCUGUUUGGAAAACAUGCAGUUCAACGUGAACUACAACUACAUUAUAUGCAGUGGUUUGACCUCUGAACGUAUCGAUGGACCUUAAACAUACAAUUAAUAUCUCGUCUAAAACAACCAAUACAUAGUUGUAUUCUUAACCUUUGCAGCCAAUUGAAAUCUUUCUGGUGAAUAAAUAUUAACAUGGUUCAGUCAUCUUUUCCGAAACGAAAGCUUGUAUAUUUCAUACAAGAAACGAAAUCUGUAAUAGCUGUGCUUAUGUUAAUUAAGAUCAGUCACAUAUUUGAAAUAAACAGUCGAGAAAACCUGAA